AAGGUUCAUCAGACGACACAGUUGAUAAGCUCAAUAUGAUAAAAUUGGACAAUGAAUAUAAAAAACAACAACUUAUAGAAGAUCUAAAAAACGGAACAAGAUAUAAAGAUUUUUUAAAAAAUCUGGAUAAGCUUCCCACAUCCGUGCUCGAUUCAGUAUUGGGAUUAAAAACAAUUUCAAAAGAUUUGGAUGAAUUGGGAAAUCAACUAAAAUAUAUUCCAGAAAAGAAAUUCUAUCCAAAGAAUUUCUUAUUUUACGGUGAUUCUGGUUCUGGAAAAACAUCAUUGAUUCAAAAAAUAAGCAAAAUAUUAUCAAAAGGAAAAGAUAUUUGCAAGAAGGCAAACGAUUCAAAAUAUUUUGAUGAAUAUAAUAAUCAAGAAGUUAUUUGCAAGCAAGAAUUAUCACAUGACACUUGGAAGUUUCAAGAUCUUUUGAACCUUUGUGAAAAAGAUGAAUGUAUCAUCAAACAACGAAACAAAAAACCUAUAGAGGUUGUGUCAAAAUAUAAUAUUUUUACGGCUCAAGAUUUGUUUGAUGAUAUAUUUAGUUUUAGAAAACGUUUUUUUGAUAAUAGAGUUUAUAUUAAAAAACCUGAUAAACCAGGUGACUUGUUAGAUUUUAUUAAUGGUAGAUUUCAUAUUAAAUUUGCAGAGGAUGUUAAUAUUGAAGAGGCAAAGAGAUAUGUUUAUGAUGAUGAUUUUGAGAAUUUGUACGAACAUGAUGGUGAUGUUUUCAUGAAACGGGAGAUAAAUAUGAAUGUAGUAUUGGGCGGUGUGAUUGGAAAUGUAGAUGUUGACAAUCACAGUUUUACUGUUUACAAUCGGUAUUGGAUUGGUGAUCUUCCUUCCAAUAUCAUUAUUCCAAAUAAUAUAGAAUCAUUGCAUAAGAAUUUACGUCAAAAAUUGCAUUGGGUUGAGACAAAGCCCAUUAAUUUUAUUGAAAAUAAU